GAUGGCAGACGACGGCUACAUGUCGUCCACAACGACCACCGCCUGGGAGAGCGGCCCAGAUCUGCCGCACGGCGACCACACUCACAACAUGGCGGGCACGGGAACCGGGUACGGUACUGGCAGGCCGUCGUUCCAGUCUCUCGACUCUGUGGACGAGGACCAUCCUUCAUCGACGUCGGCGGCGCCGGCGGGAGGCGUGCACGCUCAUGCGCAUGGCACGUCGGUAUCGCCCCAACCCCGCUCGAGCACCGAGUCCCACCCCGCUUCCCAGCCAUGGCGAGACAACGCGCCCCCCCUCUCCGCCAUACACAGUAGUGGCACGCCAAGCCUGGUCGAGCCGACCUUUGACGAGAAUGUACUAAGGGCUCUUUGCGAGCUGGAGUGCGGGACGCCCUUACUCCUGGAUCGAAUCAAGCAAAGCAUGAUCUCUUGUCGGGAAGCGGCGGCCUUUUUCAAGAAACGAGCAGUCAUCGAGGACGAAUACGGAAAAACACUACAGAAAUUGGCUAGAACAACUUCAGAGGUGUACGCUAUGAACGACGGGAAAGCUGGGACUUUCGUGCACGCCUGGCAAUCUUCCAUGAAGAUCCACGAGCAGAUGGCCGAGAACAGACUGCGCUUUGCGCAGCGACUAAACGAGAUGGCCGAUGAGCUGAGCAACUUGGUGAAGGAGGUGGACAAGAAUCGGAAACAGACUAAGGACCUUGCCUCACGAUACGAACGUGCACUCCAAGAAUCUGAAGCUCUUACGGAGAAGUGUAAAAACCGUCUAGACUUCACCUCUGAAGAGCUGGAACGCGUGCUGCUGCAGAAGGAAGGCGAGUCGCUGAAGGAUAAUGCCGUACAGCACCGACCUGGAGGUGCAGGCGCUGGAGGAAAGAGGGCCAUUGGGAAGGCAGUGGCGAAGGGUGGGAUGUUACUGAAGGGAAAGAAUCCUGGGAAGAUCCAACGACAAGAAGACGACAUUCGAUCACGACUAUCGGCUGCGUCGGACCAGUACAGAAAGGCGGUUACGGACACCCAGGCGACGCGACAAGAGUAUUUCAAUUUUCAGUUGCCUCGAAUCCUAAGGGCCUUAAAGGAGUGUGCUGACGAGAUCGACCUCGGCACACAAUACCACCUGACACGAUACGCCUUCUUGUUUGAGAGCAUCGUACUGAGUGAUGGGACAACACUAGUGCCUCCGGCGGAAGAUGGGAUUGGGCUCAAGGGAACGAUAGAGACUAUCGACAACCGCGGGGAUUUCAAGACGUAUAUGCAGAACUACGCAUUCGCGCGUGGUAGCGCACCUCCAAGAGGGCCACGCAGGGAAGGUCCGUCCGACGAAGGCUUGCUGCCACCGCUACCCUCGUUCACGGACAAGUCACACACAGCGUCCACGCCUGUUUCCGUCAAUCCUCUUUCUGGAUAUACCUCUGCGCUACAAACGAACGGUCAUCACGCGCAUGUGCACCAGCAGAAUGUGGCAGACAAAGGACGGCCGACGUUCGGCGUUGACCUCAACGAGCAGAUGCUGCGCGACAACGUCGAGGUGCCGCUGAUCAUGGUCAAGUGUUGCGAGGCCAUCGAGAAGUACGGAAUAAUGAAUCAGGGUAUCUACCGGGUUAGUGGGAUUACGAGUCGCGUGGCUAGCCUCAAGGCGAGGUUGGAUAAGGACCUCGAAGCUGUCGACCUAGAUGCGCCGGAGUGGUCGGGCGAGAUCAACAACGUCGCCAGUGUGCUCAAGAUGUGGUUACGCGAGCUGCCCGACCCUCUGCUCACCAACACACUACAUCAAGGGUUUAUUGAAGCUGCUGAGAUCGAAAACGACCGACUGCGGCACAUUCGGCUACAUGAACGCGUCAACGAGCUUCCGGACGCCAACUAUGCCACCCUCAAGUACUUCCUUGGUCACCUGCAUCGGAUAAACCAGCACGCGGCAGAGAACCAGAUGUCGAUGCAGAACCUCGCAAUCGUGUUCGGGCCCACUCUCUUCGGCCAACAAACGGCAGCAGCAGCAGCUGCUGCAGGUGUCAACGGCCAAGGAGGUGGCAGCGGUGGUGCCAUGGCAGAUGCGUCCUUCCAAAACCUGGCGAUUGAGACGAUCUUGAAUCAUUACAUGGAUAUCUUUAUCGAUGAGAAUGAGUA